CACCAACUCACCAAGAUAAGUUCAGAUACUAGACGCCUCCAUCGGACAGACUCACACACACUCUCCAGCAGCUAAGAGCAAGCAUUGUUCAUGGGGGCGUGGGACGACUGCUGCGACGACUGCUGCUACAGCUGGAAGGACUUCUGGUGGUGCGUCCUCUGCCUCGCCAUCUUUUUCGUCGUCGCCAUCAUCGUCAUCCUCGUCGUUGCCUUCGGCUUCAUCCGCCACAUCGACAUCACCGUCGAUGAUGCCUCGCUGACCCGCCUUGCGCUCGUCAACACGACCAUCACGGCGUUCGCGUACAACCUCACCCUCACGCUCACCAUCCGCAACCCGAACUGGGCCAUGAACAUGAUGAAUACCAAGCCGCUCGAGGCCGCGUACAACUUCGACGGGCAGCAGUUCGACCGCGUCCGGCUCGCCGACGAGGGCGACAAGCACCCCGCGGGAAAGACCAGGGUGUACCGGCUGACGUCCGGCUCUGACAGCGCGUUCGUGUCCCUGGGCAACGCCGGCGUCGCCGAGUUCAAGAAGGAGAACGCGACGGGGACGUUCGAGGUCGAGGUGGCGCUGACUGGCGAGGUGAAGUACACGGCGCGCGUCACCAAGUGCAAGAUCGAGGCCACCUGCCCGCUCAAGCUGCAGCUCGCAUCAUCAGGGGAGGCUCCGGCGGCGCUGGUGUUCCAGAAGGUCAAGUGCAAGCUCGCCAAGCCGGAGAAGAACUGCUAGUGAUCAAGUGAUGGCUUCGGGUUAGCUUAUUUGGCUGGUGUCAAAAGAUUUGCAGAAGUUUGAAGUGACAUCAUGUUUGUGUAAGUGUAUUGCGUUUAGUCUCUACUGCACAAACUAAUUAUGAAAUGUGCAAUUUGGUAGUUUAAUUUUCUGCAGUUAACUAGUCACAACCAAGCUUUGUAAGAUUGCAAAGAUUUGGUAAAUUAUCUGGACAAGAAAAUAACGUUGCAGGCCUUGUUUGA